AUGAUGACACCUGGCGGAAGCGGGAGGUUUAGGCCGUUACCGACGGCGAUGUACGCCGGAUAUUCAGGAACGGCGUCGUCUUGGGUAGCGAAGACUUCUGUCUCUGCGUCCGGGAAGAGGAUUCAGAGAGAGAUGGCGGAGCUUAACGUGGAUCCGCCUACUGAUUGCUCCGCUGGUCCAAAAGGCGAUAAUCUCUACCACUGGAUCGCUACCAUUAUUGGUCCCUUGGGAACUCCGUAUGAAGGAGGCAUCUUCUUCCUGGAUAUAAUUUUUCCUUCUGAUUAUCCCUUUAAACCACCUAAGGUGGUGUUCAAGACUCGGAUCUAUCAUUGCAAUGUCGACACUGCCGGGAAUUUAAGCGUGGAGAUUCUAAGAGAUAGUUGGAGUCCAGCUCUUACAAUCACAAAAGUCUUACAAGCCAUGAGAUCCAUCUUCUUAAAACCUGAACCUUAUAAUCCAGCAUUACCAGUGAUUACACGGCUCUACUUGUCGGAUAGAGAAAAGCAUGAUGAGGUAGCAAAAGAAUGGACAUUGCGAUUCGCCAAGUGA